AUGGUGUCGAAGGCGGACCUCCUGGCGGUGACGAUGAUGUUCGCCUACAUGAAUCCCAAGCAAUCACCCGAACACCUGGACACGCCUCUGAAGCAAUUAAGAAAGGAGUACGACUACAUCAUCGUGGGCGGUGGCUCAGCAGGCUCUGUGUUGGCCAACCGCCUGUCGCAAGACCCCUCGCACCGGGUCCUGUUGCUUGAGGCCGGCGGCGUCGAGGACUCGGUGACGGACGUGCCUAUGCUGGCCUCCGUCAGCCACCACACGGACAUCGACUGGAGCUUCGUCGCCGAGCCGCAAGAGGGCUGCUCGUUCGCACUCAGGGAACAGAAACCUGUGUGGACUCAGGGCAAAGUUCUGGGGGGCAGCAGCGUGCUCAACUUCAUGAUCUACAACCGAGGCAACCGGCGCGACUACGACACUUGGGCGGCAGGCGGAGCCACCGGUUGGUCAUACGACGAGGUGCUGCCCUACUUCAAGAAGUCCGAAGACAAUACCAAUGCCAGCUAUGUGGCUAACGGCUUCCACGGCACCGGCGGCGAGUUGACGGUCAGUUCGGCCGAGUACCAAACGUACGUGCUGGAGGCAUUCCUGAAGGCGGGACAGGAACUGGGCUACAACGUGGUGGACGCCAACGCAGGGCAGCAAACAGGUUUCUGUCCCAACCAGUUCACUAUGCGAGGCAAAGAACGCUGGUCGACAUCCAAAGCGUUCGUGAUUCCUGUCGCCGGAGAGCGUCCGAACUUGCAGAUCUCCCUUUUCUCUAUGACCACAAGGCUACAGUCCGAUAUCAACAAGGUCCUCUUCGAAGAAAAGCGUGCCGUGGGCGUGACAUUCCUGAAGGACGGUGUCGAGCAAACCGCGCUGGCCACAAGAGAAGUCAUCCUGUCCGCGGGAGUUGCGAAUUCACCAAAGCUGCUCAUGCUGUCCGGUGUCGGACCGAAGGACCACCUCAACGAACUCAAGAUCCCCAUCGUUGCUGACCUGCCGGUGGGCAGCGAUCUUCAGGACCACGUGAUAGUUGGCGGUAUCGGCGUGCACCUGCGAGAUCCAUACAACAUUGGAGUGUCGGGAGUCAAGGCAGCACUGGACUACUACCGCUACAACACAGGUGCGUGGACACUUCCUGGUGGAGCAGAGGCUGUGGCUUUCGUCAAGACGAAGUACGCAAACGCGAGCGACGACUAUCCAGACGUGGAGAUCAUGCUGAUCGGCGUGCCGCCGAGCUCUUCCUUCGUCGAGACGUACCUGACCGGACAGGGGCUCAAGCAGGAGGUGUACGACCAGUACUACAAGCCUUUCCGAGGCGAGCCGUCCUUCCAGAUGAUCCCGAUGGUGAUGCGGCCCAAGUCGCGGGGAUUCGUCAAGCUGCGUUCGGCCGACCCCUUCGACGCGCCGGUCAUUGACCCGCGCUACUACAGCCACCCAGAUGAUGUGGACGUCAUUGUGGAAGGGCUUAAAGUGUGCAAGCAGAUCGCCGACUCCGAGGCAUUCCGUGCGCACGGCGGCAAGUUCUGGACGGUCCCGUUCCCGGGCUGCGAGCAGCACCUGCAGUUCAGCGACGAGUACUGGCGCUGCCUGGCGCUGUCCUUCGCGGCCACUGCGGCGCAUCCGGCGGGCACGUGUCGCAUGGGCAGCGACCCCCUCGCCGUCGUCGACCCUCGACUCAGGGUGCGCGGAGGCGUGAGUGGACUUCGCGUAGUGGAUGCCUCCGUCAUACCGGACAUGCUGUCAGGUCACCUGAAUGCGCCGGUCAUGAUGAUCGCCGAGAAAGCCGCUGACAUGAUAAUGGAGGAUGCCAGAAACAGCAUUCAAUUGGGAAGCAGAGUGGUGGCAUCCAGCUUGCAGGAGGCGCCAGUCGGUGAAGGCACAGUCUUUGCUUCGGCCACAGCCUCACCCAUGUGUUCUCCUAUCUCGUUCUGGUUGUGUAUGAUGGCGUUGCUUGUGCCGCUGCUGUGUACGCAUUCAAUGGCGCAUCGAUAAGAUCUCCGGGAAAUUAUCUGCAGUAUGGGCUCUCUCGCCCUGGCCUACCAUAGCCGAAAAGUACAGAUCAACGUAUCUGUGACCACCGCAUACACAGCCUUAUAUCGAUGAACAAUUCCAUCUUUACUGCCAUUUCAACGUCUGUCAUGAUUCGAAGGUGCGUAAAUAUUAGAGUUGAAGACAGCAUAUACUCGCAAUGCGUGUUCGUUUGUCGAAACUUUGUCACAAUCAGUGCAGGAAACUGGCCAUGUAGGCACAUCAGGAACCUUCAUUCAUGCAUUGGAAAGUCCCCGUGGCACACAUACUGUCGGCACGACGAGGUUACAGAGAGGGCCUUCAGUUAGAGUAAUUUGCAAAUAACCAGGAACGCAACCUAUUACUCAUUCACCGAUCAUAUUAUGGGCUUAUAUUAUCAAAAACAACCAUAAAUUUUACAAACAUUUGAGUGGUUGCAAAUACAAAUUCCUAAGCGAGCUGUCGCGGGGAAAUGAACAUUUUAAUGAAUAAUUUGUCAUCACAUAAAGAAGUUUUAAAAUAUUUGUCACUUUUACUCACUUAUAUUUUAAACGACACCAUCCGAGUGCUUUCUGCACACACCUGUACGAACAUGCAGGCCUUCUUGGACACCGCUUUAAUUCCGUUGUAUUCAAGUAAGACGCACCAUAAAAGGUAAAGUUAUCAGCCCAAAUAGGAGACGAACAGUGCAAAGCUCCCGCUCUUAGCAUAAGCCAUUUUCACUGCCAUAGAGCAGUAAAGAGAGCGAUAUUUUUACCUUGUAACCGGUAAAUAAAGAGGGCAGUUUAUUCUGCUGGUGUGCGUCACUGCUUGUAGAAUAUUUCCGGUGGUGAAAUCGAAUAGCUUUCUAGAAGUGCUCGGCGAUUUCCUUACAUUGCCAGUCAUCGUCGAUGUCUUCUGCACAAUUCAUUUUAUUCUAGAGCAUGUCAUUUGCUUCAGUGCACAAUACAAUGAAGAAAGAAGAGAUAGCCGUAAGAGAAGACUGAAAGAAGACUGCAGCCUUAAUUACCUACUUUGGAGCAAUUGACCGCAAAAGCUGGGUAAUCGGCAAAGGCUGCUCACGCUGUGCAGACCUAUACGCAGUGAGAACGAAAGGGUGCGGUACGUGGUUUGUGAUGUUAGAGGUUAGUAUAGCAAAGCUUUUUCGAGAAAAAAUUCUUGGUUUCGACAAAUUUAGCAAAGUAUUAGUGUCAAGAAAAAAACCUUCCUGCUUGUAGGAAGCAGAUUUAUCUACGUGAUACACAGGAAAAUAAAAUCCAGCUUAGCUAUGGCUAAUAAUUACGACAGAUGUAACGUAGGUGGGAACGAUUUCUCAGUAAAUACAGGUGAACCAGUGUAGAGAGGUAAAGAUGAGGUGGAAAGUGAUGGGUGGUACUGUGUUGAGGAGCCGAGGCGAAAAGUGAGCAGCGGCGGGUACUGACGUCAAGUUCGUGGCCUUGCCCGAUGUGUGUCGUUGAUUGCGAUUCAAGUAAAUCACGCGACCUGCUCCUACACUGCAGUGUUUUGUAGCUCAUAUGUUAGUUUGUUAACGUAACGAGAAUUAAUGCGCCUAAUUACAGCUCGCAAUGAUUUAUUUAGGCUAUGAGAGUCAUCGGCAUCUACUAGCUUUUGAUUUUGCCCCAACUCACGACCAAUGUCAUGACCCAGCUCUGGAAAUCGAUGAGCCUUUUGGCAUUCGUUGGAAAAAAAUUUACUGCGUAAGCUCAAUACCACUUAUACCGCAUAGUAAGGGAAUUACGUAUCUGUAAAAAUGGUGGUUACCGUUCUUUUCGGUGGUGUGUUGUGGUGUCAUUGUGCUGAUAUAUUUUAGUCAUUGAUUUCGUUGUUUUGUUUUCUCGGGCUGUGUUGUUAAAUUAGCUGAUUGUUGUUAAAUGGAUUGUUGUGAGCUAUAGCUGCUCGCCUUCGUUAUCUGUCAUGUUCGCCACGUCUCUUUCCAAAUCCAUACCAACUUGCUCACAUUGGCUGGUUGCUGCAAUAUAAUCAGCUCUUUGUCCUUCAUGAUCACAAACAACUGCUGCUGCCCAUUUUCAUUGUGUUGUCAACCAUACGCUGAGCAUUGUUGUUGCAUAUCAACCUCAUGGAAUUCAUAUUUACAUUGCUGUUCGUGCUUCCGCAACCCUUGAUACUCUGCGAAGAAAAUAAAGUAAAUGUCUGAUGUU